AUGCCCCAGGGCCAUGGGACAAGGCUGUCGCCCCUCCAGAACCAGCAUAAAAGCCGGCCCAGAGCCUCUCUCCCUCACACACUUCUCCUGACACCUUCUCCACCUGCUCCUGCUGACAACCAGGUGAGCACCCUCCACACCACACCCAUGGCCUGCAACAGCCUCUGCACUCCCUGCGGACCCACCCCGCUGGCCAACAGCUGCAACGAGCCCUGUGCCCUGCAAUGCCAGGAUUCCCGCGUCAUCAUCAACCCUUCCCCUGUGCUGGUCACCCUGCCAGGACCCAUCAUGACCUCCUUCCCCCAGAACACCGCCGUUGGAUCCACCUCCUCAGCUGCUCUGGGCACUGAGCUCAAUGCCCAGGGACAGCCCAUCUCUGGCGGAUUUGGUGGCUUUGGUGGCUUUGGCGGCUUUGGUGGCUUUGGCUACGGCCUUGGCUAUGGCCGUGGGUUUGGCUAUGGGCUGGGCUAUGGCUGUGGGUAUGGCUACAGCCUGGGAGGCCUGGGCUGCUAUGGCAGAAGGGGCUAUGGCUACAACUGCUAA